GUCACGACAGCAAGAGGUGCAGCGCGCCCCGCCUCGCCUCCGGGAGGAGCCCGCACCCGCACACCCUGAGCUGCCCUGUACUAUGCGAGGAGCGCUCUGAGCGGAGUUGUGUUCUCCUCCAGGUAUUUCCAAGCUGAGUGUUGGAGCCCUCACGCAACAUGCCUGAACAGAGCAAUGAUUACCGCGUGGCGGUGUUUGGGGCCGGUGGUGUGGGCAAGAGCUCCCUGGUGUUGAGAUUUGUGAAAGGCACGUUCCGGGAGAGCUACAUCCCGACGGUGGAAGACACCUACCGGCAGGUGAUCAGCUGUGAUAAGAGCAUUUGCACGCUGCAGAUCACCGACACCACCGGCAGCCACCAGUUCCCCGCCAUGCAGCGGCUGUCCAUUUCCAAAGGCCACGCCUUCAUCCUGGUGUACUCCAUCACCAGCCGGCAGUCCUUGGAGGAGCUCAAACCCAUCUACGAGCAAAUCUGCGAGAUCAAAGGCGACGUGGAGAGCAUCCCCAUCAUGCUGGUGGGCAACAAGUGCGACGAGAGCCCCAGCCGCGAGGUGGAGAGCAGCGAGGCGGAGGCCUUGGCCCGGAAGUGGAAAUGCGCCUUCAUGGAGACUUCCGCCAAGCUCAACCACAACGUGAAGGAGCUCUUCCAGGAGCUGCUCAACCUGGAGAAGCGCAGGACCGUGAGCCUACAGAUCGACGGGAAAAAGAGCAAGCAGCAGAAAAGGAAAGAAAAGCUCAAGGGCAAAUGUGUGAUCAUGUGAACGGCCUUCCGGUGGGGAGGAGUUGGUGGCGUCCGGGUGGCCUCAUUUUCCCCCCUCCCAUGUGAAACCGUCGUCCGGGUAGCAUGUAAGAUGCCCACAUGUUAAAUAUUGCAUUUGGACAGAGCUGUGCCCUGUUGUCUUUCAAGAGGGCAUUUCAUACCACCAAUGAUAGACAUCCCUUCUCCCAGUCUGCCAGGCUGUCAAAAGGAAAACCAAGAGGCUCAACGUCGCAGGGGACUGAGGGAGAGGUCAGGAAUUUCUGAAGGCGUCAUUCUCCAUUAGACAGCAGCAGGGCUUCUAAGCAUGGAAGCAGCGUUUGCCCAGAGGACUAAAUACCCAAUAAACAUGCAUGUGAGAGCAUGUUAACUAACACACACAGCUGCAGAGGCCAACUCAAAGCCAGGCAUUUCUUUCUGCUCAGAAUCCAAAAACACAUCUUAAGAGGGAGGGGGUGAGCAGGAGGAAGUGAAAAGAGCAGGCCAGAAUGCUUUCAUUCCCUGGUUUUUUAAACUGGAUUAAAAAUGAAAUAAUGCCACUUCCCCCAAAGGAUGUCCAUUCUCGAUUCCCACCUGGCCUGCUGGGAGUAAGGGGAUGUACUCAACUGUAAUUACCCAGACUUAGUUAGCAAGUAUUGUUUUAAUAGUUAAGAGUAUUUAUUUUCAUGUCCGAUGACGAGUUCACUCAUGGCGUGCUCCUCUGUCAGAAAUUCUUCAAUUAUCCAGUGAAAAUAUUGUGACAUGACUAAAACACCGCAAUAACGUUCCCGUGUUAUAUACUUCAAGGGUUUUAGAAAUGUGAAUGUUCCUUUGACCAAUGAGGGGUGUCAUUUCUUCCAGCCCUCAGAUUUUAAAUAAAACCAAAUAAAGUAGCUAUUUUUAGACAUUUUUCUUUAUCCUUCAAGAUGGUUUUCUUCUUUUAAAUGACUUGCUCUGUAUCCUGCUGGAUCAUAGCCAACAAAGACCAUCGACCAGAAGCACAUUCAUUUUUCUGAAUACGAACAUGUAUAUGCCACACUUUAACCUUAAUGAAAUACCUUGAAACAGAAGUUGUUCACUGUGUUUUUGACGAUCUAUCUGUAUCAGAAAUAUAUUCCUGGAAAAUGCAUUCAGGUGAUAGCAGGUGAUCUCACAUGUUCCAUUAUAAGUGUCUCUUAAGAGCUGUUCAACGCAGUUUUCACUCUAGAAAUAAUUAUCCCCUUGUAAUGAUUUUGUGUGCGUCUUUGAUCCUUCAAGCCAAAUUAUAGUUAUUGCUGGUUCCUGUGUGUUGGCGUGGGAGAGGGGACGGUGAUCGGAUGUCCGCCAGGUUGCUCUGUCACCAGCAGAGCCCGCUCAGCUUUAAUUGCUUUGCCAUCAUUAGAGUGUGGUUUGGCUCUGCUUUCUGAAAAAUUCCCACUGACAGAGUUUGCUGGUUGUGCUUGGUUUAGUCAGCCCAAUGCACGCUCAUCCCAACUGGAGAAUCUUCCUCUGGGAAAUCCAUCCCAUUGAUCCCUCUGCAAGCAAAAGAAGCUGAAAUGUGGGGCUUGCACAGGUGAGCUUUAUGGCUGCCUUGCAGCAGCACCAUCCACAGGCAAUAUUUGGAAGUUCAGGAUAUUUGUCUUCAGCACGUAUUCUCUUUUGGGUCUUCUCCGCUCUUCAGCAUCCUAGUGUGAUUUUCCUGCUCUUUCUGAGCAGGGAUUGCUGCAGCAGCAAUUUGUGGCACCUCAGUUCUCCUAAACACAUGCUCAGAGCAUUUUGGAUAAUUUCAAGGCCCUCUCCAAAUCCUAACAGGCCACACCUCCAGCAGACUGGCUCUAUUCUAACAGAGCAUUCACGGUGAAGUCUAGUUUGUGGAUUUUCUGUAACAUUUAUUUUUCAACUUGUCCCCACAUCUUUUCCUAUUUCUAAUCUCAGAGAGAUGUUAUAGGCUUGUAAUAUGGGUAUGGGCAAAGUGGAAGAAGAAACCGAACAUCAUAGCCAAAAUGGGAUUUAUAGAUUUGGAGUUGGUUCUUUGCUAACAGUAAAAUGUGACAUCUGCCACUGACUGUACAGUCAAUUAGGCUUCUAAUGUGAAAUAUUCCUGUAAACAGUCCCAUUUCUACACAUCAUAGUCAGAAUUUCUUUUAGGCCUUUCAAGUCAGUAUCGACAUAUCAAGAUGAGAAGCUUGUAAUUAUUGAAAAUCUAUUCUCAUUCAGGACACAUUUUAUUCCUUCAUAUUUUGUCUGUGAGUUCUACAGGAAAGCUGUUGAAACCUCAACCACUGGCCUUUGUCCUGAGAUCAUUUUCUAUGAGCCAAAUUGAUGGUUAUUUUGAACUAAUCCCUUCGAAGCUCCCCAGCUGACUCAGGGUUUGAGGAAUUAAUAUCACUCAAUCAGAGAUUUUCAGCAUUUGUAUGGCCCCAUCCCCAAAUGUGCAGUUUUGGUUCUUGAGAACACAUCUCACACUGUAUACGAGCACAGAUUUUCUUGACCUAGCUACUAAGUUGUAAAACUCAAAGUAUUGCUUUGAAGAUGGCAGUUUGGGAACAAAGCCUGGGCUUGAGUUCCCUUCUGCCCGUUGCUUUCCCUUCUCCAUCCAAUGACAAGCCAUGGGCAUGCAUGCAAUACAACAAGACCCACACAAGAGCAAUAUUGAAUUGUUCAUUCUAUCUAAAAUUAUAUAUAUGUUAUAUAUAUAUAAUUUAUCUUCUUGCAUUUUUGAUGUAUAAAGUAGCAAAUUGUACAUAUCUAUAAGCAAGUAUAUUUGUUUCACCAUUUGUAAUAUGUAAGAAAUACCCAUUCUUUGUAGAACAAAACAUGUAUUAAAUAUUUUAAAAAAUUGCUCUGUGAUACUUCACUGUUUUUCAAAAUUUGUAAUGUGUUGCUCCUACAUAAGCUCUUUGAAAAUAUCCAUCACUAAUGGAACAUAUGUAAACCCGCCUGGAAUUCAAUAUCCUGCAAAGACAGUGUGUGGACAAAGUAUUUACAGAGCAUGACUUUUAUAUGUGUGGGAAAACAAUGUGUGUAUGUUUAUAUUUAAGGUGUAUUUAUUGUUACAAUUUCCUUACCUAUUAUAUUUUAUUUACUCCACAGCUAUAAAAAUCACCCUUGCAUACAAGUUUCUAGUUGCCGUGAUGUUCUAAAAAUAAUGAAACAUAUUGAAAUAAAGCUUCAGUUAUAACAA